AUGCAGCCAACUUCGGUUGAAUGUCACGAUGUCCCCCCGGCAGGACCAGGCUUGCUAUCAGUGGCCGACCUGCUUAUUGCCGCUGAUAAGCCAGAUAGGCUAAGAGAUGAUGCAGGUCCUAAUUGGGAGGAUGGGCAAUCACAGAAGGUUGGCUACUAUUUUGGGAGCAAUAAUACCUACAGUCUCGGAUUGGGAGUUUCUGGGGGGGAAAAAGAGAGGGGGGGCUUAAAGUGGCCAUUUGGACCACCACGAGUGGGAAUUGAAAGGCGUCAGUCACACCUGGAGCCAGGUAUCUUGUGGCAUUUCUCCCACACGCUCAUGCCAUCGCGGCCUCCUAUUGGAACAUGGUCAUCUCCGCAUUUACCAGGCCAUUACGGUAGGACGGCCGCCAAUGUUCCCACUCGUGCUCAUGUGCCCCACGCAACUUACGCCUUUUUGGGCUCCGCGGCCGACAAGGUGGGGCCCAGUUUCUGGCUAGUCCGCCCGCCGAGGAGGGUUCCACCUCCCGUUGGUCUCCGCUCCCAAGUUUCUCAUUCGGUUGGUACUGAGAUGUGCACCGGCGCCAAUCUGCUAUUCUUUGCCGCCCCAGACUAG